ACACACGAACACGCGCCCGCACUCCCUCUUUAGCUGUCACGACUCACGAGGCUUACUAGGAGAAAAACCGAUACUCUUCGUCUCCGGCGCGGCGAAUCUUUAUGGCAAGCUUCGCCUCUGUUUUGGCAAUCGCCGUCUGUCUCUUCGCCGAUGUAUCCGCUCUCGGCUUCACGUUCUCGGCGAAGCUCAUUCAUCGGUACUCUCUCGAGGCGGCGGAGUGGAGAUCGAGGGAAGGCGUCGUUGUUUUUCCGGAGCGAAAGAGCUUGGAGUACGCGGAGGUUCUUCUGAGCAGCGACUUGAAGAGGCUGAGAAUGAAGUUCGGGUCUCGGCUCCAGUUUUUGUUCCCUUCCGAGGGAAGCUUGAUUCAAUCUUUUGGGAACGAGCUCGGUUGGUUACAUUACACAUGGAUAGAUGUGGGGAAUCCUAAUGUACCGUUUCUUGUUGCAUUGGAUGCGGGAAGCGAUCUCUUCUGGGUCCCAUGUGAAUGUAUUAGAUGUGCCUCCUUCUCGGCUAGUCAAUACCAUGUCCUGGAUAGAGAUCUGAGUGAGUAUCAUCCAUCGAAAUCUAGCACUGUUCAGAACGUGUCUUGCAGCCACAACUUGUGUCAAGCAAGAGACAACUGCAAAAAUCCAGAGGAUCUCUGCCCUUACAUUGUCGAGUAUGACACUGAUGAUACCUCAACCUCUGGGUAUCUGGUCCAAGAGAAAUUACAUUUAGCAUCUCUCGGCGAGGGCACAUCGCGGAACGGAGUGCAGGCUUCUGUGAUUAUGGGCUGCGGUAGGAAGCAAAGUGGGAUCUUCUUGAGUGGAGCUGCUCCUGAUGGUUUGAUUGGCCUUGGACCUGGUAAUAUUUCAAUUCCAACUAUCCUUGCCAAUGCUGGACUCAUUCGGAACUCUUUUUCAAUCUGUUAUGACGAGGAUGACUCCGGAAGAUUUCUCUUUGGUGACCAAGGCCCUCAAUCUCAACAAUAUACCCCAUUAUUGACCAAAGACGGAAAAUAUGAAGCCUACAUCGUUAGAGUGGAAUCGUGCUGUGUUGGAACCACUUGUAUUAAGCAAUCUGGUUACCGAGCUAAUGUAGACACUGGCUCGUCUUUCACUUCUCUUCCGAAGGAUGUCCAUGAUAAGGUUGUCGCAGAGCUUGACAAACGUCUGGAUAUAAAAAGAACUGGCCAACAAGGGAUUUUCGACAACUGCUAUAGGGCCAGUUCGAAGGAUCUAGCAAAAUUUCCUACCAUCAGGCUGAUGUUCACCAAUAACCAAAGUUUUUCAGUCGGAGAUUACACAAUUUCUUCGGGAACGGGCAUUGUAUGUUUAACAAUGAUGCCGUGGGAUCGAGAUUAUGGUGUUAUUGGACAAAACUCCAUGAUCGGUCACCUAAUGGUUUUCGAUAGAGAGAAUCUUAGACUGGGAUGGUCUCGUUCCGACUGCCAAGAUCCAAGCAGAAGAGCAGGCGUGAGCAUCUCGCCAUCAUCACAAAGCCCUUUACCGGCAAGCAAACGACAGAGUAAGAACCAUUCCGAGGCAAAAUCUCCACAGGCUGAUUCCAUCACAGCUUCUCACAAAUCCUCCCUGGCGAAUCAAACAGCUCUCCUCCAUAUCUAUACGCUUCUAUUACUAAUGUGUUCAAUCCUUACCACCACCACCACCUAGUAAGUUUAUAUGCCUCUGUUUCUCCUCCAUGUAUAUGCUUUUUGUUUAUUCUUUGCUUUCUAGCUUCUUUCUCUCUCCUCUAGUCGUUUCGUUUUUAACUAUGGUAGCUCGGUGUUUUUCUUUUGUUGCAUAUUGUUGCUUUUCUUGUGGUGUUGCAUGUUUUUAUUUUUUUUCCCUUUAAAUUAGGAAUAUUUUAGAAGUUAAUUAAACUUCCGGAUAAGUGUGUGUGUGGAAUGAGAAUUAAACUUCCGGUUAUA